AUAAAGAACAAGUGACAGUUAUGUGAUUAGCCGGGAAAGGGAAACAGAGGAAGAUGGUGGUUCUGGGCUCCCUUUACCAACUUGGUCCCUCUCCGAUUCCACCCACCAUUUCUUCUUCUUCAAAUUCGAAUUUGAGCAGAACCCAGAAGAGUAUUCUCACAAGGAGAAGGACUGUGCUAUUGGGUCAAACUCUUUUGGCAACUUCCUUACUCCAUUUCUUUGACCCAAUUCACUCACCUCCUUCACUUUCACCAGCCAUUGCUCUGCAACAACAGGAUGAGCUUCAGCUAGAAGAAGACCGAAUUGUGCAAAUUUUUCAGGAAACUUCUCCAUCGGUUGUUUUCAUUAAAGACCUUGAGAUUGACAAAAGCCUCAACACUUCUGAAGAAGAAGUAUUGCUUAGAGAGGAUAACAGUACAAAAAUUGAAGGGACAGGCUCAGGCUUUAUCUGGGAUAAGUUUGGUCACAUUGUUACAAACUACCACGUUGUAUCUAAAUUGAUUACAGACACUAGUGGAUUACAGCGUUGUAAGGUGUAUUUGGUAGAUGAGAAAGGAACUGGAUUUUACAGAGAAGGCAAGAUUGUUGGUUAUGAUCCUGCAUAUGAUUUGGCUGUUCUUAAGGUUGAUAUUGAAGGCUACAAAUUAAAGCCAGUAGUUGUUGGUACUUCUGGCGAUUUACAUGUGGGUCAGAGCUGCUUUGCAAUUGGAAAUCCGUAUGGAUACGAGAAUACGCUAACAACAGGGGUGGUUAGUGGUUUGGGGAGGGAGAUACCCUCACCCAAUGGAAGUGCCAUUCGAGGAGCAAUUCAAACAGAUGCAGCCAUUAAUGCUGGGAAUUCUGGAGGUCCAUUGAUUGAUUCAUAUGGCCAUGUCAUUGGAGUAAAUACUGCAACUUUCACUCGUAAAGGCACAGGAGUUUCGUCUGGUGUUAACUUUGCAAUACCUAUCGACACAGUUGUGAGAACUGUACCUUACCUUAUUGUUUAUGGAACCCCUUACAGUAAUAGGUUUUGAUCAUUAUAUAUAUAUAUAUGCACAUAUAUAUUUCGUUCAUGUUUCAUUCUCUCUAAUAUCACUCUUGAAGAACAUGACAUCAAAAUUUAAAUGGGAUUCAACCAAUUUAAGUCCCAAGUAAUUACAUGAAUGCCAAGUCUCUUUAGUAUUUUAAA